AGGCCCGGGAAGCGGCGGCAUGACCCCGCCUUGUGCGCAGGCGCCAUUCCCUGAAAACUACACUACCCAGAAGGCCCAGGAAGAGGCGUUGCGACCCGUCUUGUGCGCAGGCGCGACGGGGCGGGGUCGCGCACGCGCGGAGGUACGGGCGGGCCGGCCUGGUUGUCAUGAGAGCGGCCGCCGCGGCCCGGGCGACAGGCGCUGGCGGCCGGGGCUGCUCCUCGGCUGCCGCCACCGCUGCGGCUUGGGGGUGCCGGCCGGCCCGGGUCGGCGGAGGAGGCUCCUCCUGAGCUCCGCCGAGGCGCGGCGCUGCCGAGGGCCGGUGGAGAGCCCGGGUCGUGCGGACGUCCUGACAGCCCCAGCGCGCAGAAUGCCCCACAAGAUUGGAUUCGUAGUUGUCAGCUCAUCUGGACACGAAGACGGCUUCAGUGCCCGGGAACUAAUGAUCCACGCACCGACUGUCAGCGGGUGGAGGUCACCGAGAUUUUGCCAGUUUCCACAAGAAAUUGUUCUUCAAAUGGUGGAGAGAUGUCGGAUAAGAAAACUACAGUUGCUCGCUCACCAGUAUAUGAUUGCCAGUAAAAUCGAGUUCUACGUUAGUGAGAGCCUGCCUGAAUAUUUCGCACCAUAUCAAGCAGAGCGGUUUCGAAGGCUUGGCUACGUCUCUCUCUGUGACAAUGAGAAGACAGGUUGCAAAGCCCGGGAACUAAAAUCGGUUUAUGUGGAUGCAGUAGGACAGUUUCUUAAGCUGAUUUUUCACCAAAACCAUAUCAACAAGUACAAUGUGUAUAAUCAGGUUGCUUUGGUUGCAAUAAAUAUCAUUGGAGACCCUGCAGAUUUCAGUGAUGAAAGCAAUAUUACCUCUAGAGAGAAGCUGAUUGAUCAUUAUCUAGGGCACAACACAGAGGACCCAGCUCUCGAAGGAACUUGUUCUGGGAAGUCUGACUAUAUUUCCCCACUAGAUGACUUGGCCUUUGACAUGUACCAGGAUCCGGAAGUGGCACAGAUUAUCCGUAGGUUAGAUGAGAGGAAGCGCGAGGCGGCCCAGAGGGAGCGCUACGACGACGCCAAGACACUCAAGCAGGCCAUUGCCGACCUGCAGAAGGUCGGGGAGCGGCUGGGCCGGUACGAGGUGGAGAAGCGCUGCGCCGUGGAGAAGGAGGACUACGACCUGGCCAAGGAGAAGAAGCAGCAGAUGGAGCGCUACCGCAGCCGGGUGUACGGGCAGCUGCGGCUGCACGAGCUGGUGGGCGCCGAGCUGACACGGAGGCCUCUGGACUUGCCCCUCCAGCCCCUGGUCUGUUCCAGCAGCCCUUGCCACCAGCAGCCCGUGCUCACACUGCCACAGCCAGAAGAAAGGGGGACAGAAAACCAGUUUGCAGACCCUUUCCUUCAGGAGAAGCCUUCAUCGCAUCCCCUGGACAUUUCUCCUCAGCAUUGCGUGGUGGACUGGUCACCCCCUGCCGCAGACCCUCCUCCCAAGACCCAUCUCGAGUCCCUGCCCUACGAUGAGCGGCCCCUUCCCGCGACCCGCAAGCAGCCUGGGGCAGUGGCUGCAGAGCCAGAGAGGAGGGACAUGGACAGCGGCGAGCCUCCCAGGGCGGGCACCGCGGGCGAGCCCGAGCCUCUAACAGAGAAGGCCUUGCGCGAAGCCAGCUCCACCGUGGACGUGCUGGGAGAGGCCUUGGUGGCCGGGGCCUAUUCCAAGACAUGGUCGCACCGGGAGGACGCGCUGCUCACCCUGUAUAAACAGCUGAUGGAUGCACCGGCGACAACCCCAAAGGAAGACCUGAAGAGCACGCUGAGGGCGGCCGUAUUCCUCAUCAGGAGAGCCAUCCGAGACAUCGUGACCCCAGUCUUUCAGGCAUCUUUGAAAUUGUUGAAAAUGAUAAUCACACAAUAUAUUCCUAAACAUAAACUGGGUAAGCUUGAAACAACUCACUGUGUGGAAAGGACCAUUCCUGUUCUGCUCACAAGAACUGGAGAUUCUUCUGCUCGCCUCCGUGUUAUAGCUUCCAAUUUUAUUCAGGAAAUGGCCUUGUUUAAGGAAGUGAAGUCUCUCCAGCUUAUCCCAUCUUACCUGGUCCAGCCAUUAAAAGCCAACUCCUCGGCUCACCUGGCCAUGAGCCAGAUGGCACUGCUGGCCCGCCUGCUGCAGGACCUGGGCACGGAGGGCAUGGGCUUCACUGUGGACAGCGUGAUGCAGUUCGCAGUGCGGGCCCUGGAGCACCGGGAGCAGAAGGUGCGCGAGGCGGCGGUGGGGCUGGUCCUGGGCCUGUACGCGCAGCACCGGGCGCGGGUCCUGGAGCGCCUCCCUCCUGAGGAGCGCGCCGCCCGCCGGAGCGUCCUCUACAGGACGCUUUUUGAGGGAUUUGCUACGAUAGACGGCAGACCUACAGAUGCUGAAAUUAGGGCACAGAAAAGAGCGGCUACAGAAGAAGCAGAAAAACGCAAGAAAGAAGAAAUUAAAGCUUUACAAGGGCAGUUGGCGGCACUGAAGGAGAUGCAGACUGACGUCCAGGAAAAAGAGAGUGAAGCUGCGAAGGCCAAGAAUCAGGACACUCAAGGAAGGAAAGCGGCCCCACCUAAUGUUCCAGAAAUUCCAGAUAAUCACUAUUUAGAUAAUUUAUGCAUUUUUUGUGGGGAGAGGAGCGACUCCUUCACAGAAGAAGGCCUGGAUCUCCAUUACUGGAAGCACUGUCUUAUGCUGACGAGAUGUGACUACUGCAAACAGGUGGUGGAGAUUUGCAGCCUGACUGAGCACCUGCUGACGGAGUGUGACAAAAAGGACGGCUUUGGGAAGUGCUACCACUGCAGGGAGGCCGUUUUAAAGGAAGAGCUGCCCAGACACAUAAAAACGAGAGACUGCAACCCUGCCAAAGCGGAGAAGCUGGCGAACCGGUGUCCUCUGUGCCACGAGAACUUCCCCCCCGGAGAAGAGGCGUGGAAGGCCCACCUCAUGGGCCCCGCGGGCUGCACGGUGAACCUGCGCCGGACACACGUGCUGCGCAAGGCGCCCACGCUGCCGCCAGGUAAAGGCCCAGCCGCAACCAAGUCAGGGACCUCGGGAUCCAAGGUCGGAAGCAAGAUCCCCACCCCCAAGGGGGGCCUGAGUAAAAGCUCCGGCAGGACGUACACAAAGCAGUGACACAACCCCCCAUCUGCUCCCUCGUCUCCAAAGGGACCGAGCAGCUUCCCCAACCGUGGACGUGUCACCUCAAAGCAUCUCUAGACGUGGCAACCCCCGCUCCGCCCCUGCUGCCCCCAGGCUCCUGGCUGCGCCCGUCCUGACCGUGGCCCCUGCGUCCGGAGUGAGGCCCUGAUCUCCCCGUGGCUCCGGCUCGCAGGUCUCCGCCCUCCGGGGCCCGGGGUCCACAGAAGGAGAUGGUUCUGUUGGAGGAGCAGCACCGGCGGCCCGUGCGGAGGCACUGGCUGAGCGCAGCACCCUCUCUCCGCAGCUGCUUGGAGUGAUUUCCAUAAAGUCCUUGCUCUAAA